AUGUCUGGCCGUGGCAAAGGUGGCAAAGGUCUCGGAAAGGGUGGUGCCAAGCGUCACCGCAAGAUUCUUCGCGACAACAUCCAGGGUAUUACCAAGCCCGCUAUUCGUCGUCUCGCCCGUCGUGGUGGUGUGAAACGUAUUUCUGGUCUGAUCUACGAAGAGACCCGUGGUGUUCUCAAGAUCUUCCUCGAAAACGUCAUUCGCGACUCGGUAACAUACACUGAGCACGCCAAGCGGAAGACGGUCACUGCUCUCGACGUUGUCUACGCCCUCAAGCGUUCAGGCAGGACGCUCUACGGUUUCGGUCGUCUCAUUAUACUUUACUCUCUCGCUGCAUGUACUUCUAUGUAUUCUAAACGACGAGUGUCGUAUAUUAUUCCCCCUCCCACUGAGCCUGUCCCUCGUCUGGAGUUACCUCCUGAAGAUGUUGACCGCUUAGGCCGUGUUCACCCGCUCUUGGUUCCGUCCCGUGGCCAAGAAUAUGAACAAAUCACCCGAAGUCGUAGACCCCGCCAUCGCCUGGGUAUUGCUGCCCUUGCGGUCGACACAUCCACCCAGCUCGCAGGCAGAACAACUCCGGAAGGAAUUCUCUACACCGCUGGUCGUGAUGGCCUGGUGAUUUCAUGGGACCUCUCUUUGUCAUUACGCCAUAGACUUCCAGCGGAUAAUAUCAUUGGGCGAAAAGGGAGAUGGGAAGCGUUGACAGGCUGGGCUGACGACGCUAUCGAUGAAGAGGGAGAAGAGGGGGACGAUCGACCCACAUUGGAUGGCGACGUUCUUGGCAUUCGGGAGGUGCCUUUUGAAGAGGAAUGGCAACUCGAUCUAGAGGCAGUCCCUGCAGCUAGCUCAUUCCGUCAAUGCAUGCAAGCCCAUACUGACUGGGUCAACGACAUACUGCUUUGCAACUACAAUCAGACCGUCGUUUCUGCUUCCUCUGACGGGACGGUUCAAGCAUGGACUCCCCACGCCGCUGGAAGCCCUGACCCUUCUAUAGUUGGCAUCCAUAGCGACUAUGUGCGUUGUUUGGCCUCUUGUCGGACUCAAAACUGGAUUGCAUCUGGAUCAUUUGACCGAACAAUCAAACUCUGGGACUUGAGUCGCACACAAACCACGCCAGAACCUCUGACUACCCUUCAACCCGCCGAUGCAAAUUCCCCGAAAUGCUCCGUCUAUGCGCUUGCUGCUGAUCCAUUCGGCCACGCAAUUGCCUCAGGUGGUCCUGAAAGAGUUGUGCGCAUGUGGGACCCUAGGACAGGAAAGCGUUCAGGCAAACUGGUUGGUCAUACAGACAACAUUCGAGCAAUCCUACUAUCGGAAGACGCGAAAUAUUUGCUCACCGGCUCCGCCGAUGCAUCCAUUAAACUCUGGUCUUUGGCUACCCAACGCUGCCUUCACACCUUUACUCAUCACGCUGACUCCGUUUGGUCGUUAUUCUCUGCGCAUCCAUUAUUAGAAACCUUUUAUGCCGGAGAUCGUGCUGGGAUUGUUUCGCGCGUCGAUGUGUCUCACCUGAACACCGAUUUGGGCGAAGGCGAAUGCGUUUUCGUAUGCAGAGACGGCGAAGAAGUUUCGCCAACCACCCCACAAGCGACCGGAGGUAUCAACAAGAUAGUUGUUGCCGAUGAUUCUCUGGUUUGGACUGCAACCAGCUCGUCUAGUGUCCGACGAUGGCGUAUUCCCCCUCCCACCAAAAGUCCUACCGUGUACAAGGACUUUGAUUCGAGUCUUGAACGGGAUAGUCGCUCGCUCGCGCCCUCCGUUCUUUCUUAUGAUGGCGAUGAUGGCGACGAAGGAGACACGCGACACGGCAUUCCCUACGCCAGCCUGAUACGACUCACAAGUCCCAUUGACCCAUACCCCAUCCGCAGCGGUGGUAUGCGUGACCCGGAAGUUGCAACUCUAUACUCUGCUGCUAGUGUCAUUAGCGUCCCGGGGUUACGGUCUCCGGCAUUGCAUACCUCUACAUCUCCUCAUAUGGGCUCCCCUAUGAGAAGCGCACCACUACCCAACUCACGUGGUGCUUACUUUAGUCGGGAGCUAGCAGCGGAUGCCCAACCACUCGUUCCCUCGUCAGAUCCUGUUGGUACUCUGAAGGGUGAACGAGGUUUGGUUCGCGCCGUAGUGCUUAACGACCGAGUUCAUGCAAUCAGUAUCGACACCAGCGGCGAAAUUGGCGUUUGGGACCUUGUACGUGGGAUAUGCGUGGGAGUUAUUCCUCGAAAGGCUCAUGAUGUCACUGUCAAAAGCCAAGAAUGGAGUCCAAGGGAUGCUCUAGAGAGAGUACAAGAAAAACUCGAAGGCGAGGCCGUUGUCGCGCCUUGGGCUACAGUUGAUACCAAGUCUGGCGUCCUGGCCGUCCAUUUGAACGAACGGUCCUUUGAGAGUGAAAUAUAUGCGGACGAAGUGGGAUUUGCUGGAGACCGUCGUUUUGGUGACGACGCCAAAUUGAAUAUUGGGAAAUGGGUGCUCAGGAACCUCUUUCUCGGGUUCAUCAGAGAAGAGGUGCGGUCACGAAAAUCGCAACGGGAUAGUGGCCAUAGUCAAGACACCACAUCAUCUAUUCAACGUCGAGCAAGCGUUUCCAGCGAAACAUCAUCUCGACACAGAGGUUCAUCAUUUUCAGCAGAGCCUCGUCGUCGGUCUAGUAGCUCAACAGUCGUAUCCUCUUCAAGAAUGGUCCCAGCAGUUGCGCCGGUCAUGUCUUCGACUCCAUUGGGCGCUUCGCCCCUUUUAACACCCUUGAUACCCCUUCCGUUAAGAGGAAAAGACCAUAUACCCUUGUCUCCCAUUGCAGGGACGCCGACUGCGGCCAGCAUGGAUAUGACGCCCAUGCCUCAGCGUAGACCACGCACUGGUGAAAAUGGGAAAGAGACUGACUAUUUUAAUAUACGCCCUCGCCAAACGUUGAGUGCCACCACUCCUGGAACAGCGGCGGACGACUUUUCUGGCUGGGGUGGGCCCGCAACCCAGACUGCCAAUACUCCCACCACUUUAAUGGGACGUCUCAAGAGCUUCGGGAAGAAACGUGCCCAUGAUGUUCCUACACCUUCUCUACCGCCAACUGUCGAGGCUCCAAUCGCUGAGGAGGCUGCUCCUGACCCGAUAUCGAAAACCCCCCGCUCAACUUUUACUUUCAGGCCCAUUAUCACCACCCUCUUCAGCGGAAGCACCAACACUGGGCCUACCAUUUACCGGGGCACUGUGGGCUCGACAGGUUCUUCCGGAGAUAUUCACGCGUUGGAGGAAGCGAUGCCGCUAUGGCUCCUUGAAUAUCUUUUGUUGCAUCGAAUGCCGAGUACACCGCCACAGGUGAAACUCAGCUUUGUUCUGUUGCCUUGGAUCGACAAGGACAACCAAGAUGACCAACUCCCCGAGCUGCUCAACACCACACAGUCCAAGCUUACUGCCAGUCGCUUCCUCCGAGUCCGCAAACUCCUUGUUCAUGUUCAAGAGAAGCUUGAGAAGCUCGAGCCGCCACCGCCAGAUGCGGCACGAACCAGGCCAGAGGAUUUAUACGAAAUUUUGUGCAACGACUUGGUGUUGCCGUUGGACAUGAGCAUCGCCGCUGUUAGGCAAUAUGUUUGGCGGCAGAGUGCAGAGCUUAUAAUGCACUACCGCAGGAACAGAACCCGAUAA